UAGACAUAGCUUGCUGUCAUGGGAGGUGUAUCAGUAUCAAGAACUUCCAUUUCUCGAAGAUUUUUUGAACUUCCCAUUUCAAACUGUAACGCCCGUAUAUAAAUUCCCUCACCUGAAAGCAAAAUCAUCCCACCCCGGUUGUUCCCCACCUGCAAAGUUUUGAUUUUUUUUUUGUUUUUCAAUUUCUCUGGGCAAUUUGAUUUUCAUUGUUCAGCAUAAUGCUUUCGAGAUCUUGUUUAGACCUAUUGAGUCUGGUUUCGGUCGAUGAUUACCGAGCACUGUGUCAGAUCCCGAGAGUCUCGACGGUGCCGGGAGUUGUAUCAAAAUUCGACGCCGCCGAAGACGACCAUGCCGACGCUGGGUCCGGAUCCGACGAAGUCGUUUCGUCCGGGUCGCCAGAGCGCAGGAUCAUAGUCGCGAACCAGUUGCCGAUACGGGCUUAUCGGGAUGUGAACACGAAGAAAUGGAGUUUCGAAUUCGAUAGUGAUAGUUUGGUGCUGCAGCUCAAAGACGGAUUACCCUCCGACGUCGACGUUUUGUACGUGGGCUCCUUGAAGGUCGAGAUCGACCCGUCGGAGCAAGACGAAGUGGCGCAAGUUUUGCUUGAGAAGUUUCAGUGCGUACCAACUUUCUUGCCCUCUGAAAUUCACAAUAAGUACUACCAUGGCUUCUGCAAGCAUUACCUCUGGCCUCUGUUUCAUUACAUGGUACCCAUGUCCACGAGCCAAGGUGCUCGUUUCGAUCGCUCGCAGUGGCAAGCUUAUGUUUUGGCCAACAGAAUCUUCGCGAACAAGGUAACAGAGGUGAUCAACCCAGACGAGGAUUACGUUUGGGUCCAUGAUUAUCAUCUCAUGAUCUUGCCUACGCUACUGAGGAAACGAUUCCACCGGGUCAAGCUGGGAUUCUUUAUGCAUAACACAUUUCCGUCUUCGGAAAUCUAUAGAACUAUACCCGUUCGUGAUGAUCUCCUUCGGGCCUUGUUGAAUUGUGAUUUAAUCGGAUUCCACACCUUUGAUUACGCCAGACAUUUCUUGUCCUGUUGUAGCAGGAUUUUCGGUCUGGAUUAUGAGUCUAAGAGGGGUUACAUAGGACUGGAUUAUUACGGUCGAACAGUGAUGAUUAAGAUCCUGCCGGCCGGAAUUCACAUGGGUCAGCUUGAAUCGGUGUUUUCCUUGUCGGAGACGGCUGAGAAGAUCAAGGAAUUGAAGAAACGAUUUGAGGGGAAAUUUGUAAUUUUGGGUAUGGAUGACAUGGAUUUGUUCAAAGGUAUCAACUUGAAGUUCUUAGCAAUGGGGAAGCUCUUGGAUAUGCACGAGGACUUAAGGGGGCGAGUUGUUCUAGUUCAGAUUCUGAACCCUGCUAGGAGCGAAGGUAAAGACAUUCAAGAUGUCCAAAACGAGACCAAUGCGAUCGCGAAGGACGUCAAUGAGAAAUACGGCGAAACAGGGUACCAGCCAAUUAUCGUCAUCAACGGCCCUGUUUCAACACUUGAGAAAGCUGCUUACUGUGCCAUUUCUGAAUGCUGUAUUGUGAAUGCUGUGAGAGAUGGGAUGAACUUGGUGCCUUAUAUGUACACUGUUUGCAGACAGGGCAGCCCUGUGCUGGACAGAGCACUUGAUGAAGAUGAUAAUGAUUCUGAAACGCCUAAGCAGAGUGUCAUCGUAGUCUCUGAAUUCAUUGGAUGCUCGCCGUCUCUGAGUGGUGCCAUCCGAGUGAACCCAUGGAACAUCGAUGAGGUGUCGGAGGCCAUGAAUUUGGCGAUCACAAUGCCAGAGGCGGAGAAGCAUUUGCGUCAUGAAAAGCAUUACAAGUAUAUCAGCUCUCACGAUGUAACUUAUUGGGCUCGAAGUUUUGAUCAGGACUUGGAGAGAGCAUGCAGGCAGCAUUAUCUCAAGAGAUAUUGGGGCGUUGGUCUAGGCUUGGGGUUCAGAAUUGUGGCUUUGGAUCCUACGUUCAGGAAGCUUUCAGUGGAUAACAUUGCGUCUGCUUAUAGAAACACCCACAAUCGUUUGAUCCUUCUGGACUAUGAUGGUACUAUGUUGCCACAGCCAUCUAUCGACAAAACUCCGACCAACGAGGUUAUUUCCAUCUUGAAUUGUCUAUGUAGUGAUCCCAAGAAUAUGGUGUUCAUUGUGAGUGGAAGAGAUAAGAAGUGCCUAAGCAAAUGGUUUUCUCCAUGUGAGAAGCUUGGUCUUUCUGCUGAGCAUGGUUACUUCACAAGGUGGAGUAGUGAUUCUUCUUGGGAGACAUGUGGAUUGACAAUGGACUUUGAUUGGAAAAGGAUUGCAGAACCGGUAAUGGCGCUUUACACAGAAGCAACUGAUGGCUCUUUCAUUGAACAAAAAGAAAGCGCACUGGUUUGGCAUCAUCAAGAAGCUGACCCUCACUUUGGAUCAUCCCAAGCCAAAGAGCUUCUUGAUCACCUUGAGAGUGUUCUUGCCAAUGAACCAGUCAUUGUUAAAAGAGGACAACACAUUGUGGAAGUAAACCCUCAGGGUGUGAGCAAAGGCAUAGCAGUGGAAAGCCUCAUAUCAAGCAUGAGGAGUGAGGGAAAGUCUCUGGAUUUUCUGUUGUGUAUAGGAGAUGAUCGUUCAGAUGAAGACAUGUUUGAGAGCAUUGCUUCCACAGUCUCUAAUCCAAACCUGCCAACCAUAGAACAUGUAUUUGCAUGCACAGUUGGUCAGAAACCAAGCAUGGCUGAAUAUUAUUUGGAUGAUACCUGCGAAGUCAUCAAGUUGCUCAAAGGACUUGCUAAUGCUACUUCUGCAUCACCACCCUCAAGGCCUCUAUAUUCUCUGGAGGAUUCACAAGGGUCUCCAUAGAAAAGAAGGAAAAGAGUUAGAAAGAAACUGGUGUUGAUGAUGCUAAAAGAACAAUCUUUUGUACAGAUAGUGAUGGUGCUUACUUUCCAUAGGUUCAUUUAAAAAGUCAAAUACAUAGAAACCCACAGGUUAGAUGAUUCUGUUCUGCAUACAACUGGCGGGAAAUCUUUUUACAAAUUCAAGUUCAUUCUCUGUGCAAAGAAAGCGUUCCUCAAUAAAAAUCAGUAUUUGCAUUAGUUCUUCUGCA